AUGACUACCUAUCAAAAACUGGUCAAAGGCGCCACGAAAAUCAAGAUGGCGCCUCCUAAGGCCAAAUAUGUGGACCCCAUCUUACUGGGCACUGCGGAGCCUCAGGACUUUCGAGAGAUUAUGCAUGCUCUAGAGGGUCGUGUGCUCGACACAGCGUGGACAAUUGUUUACAAAUCGUUGAUUUUGGUGCAUGUCAUGAUCCGAGAGGGCGAGCCUGACGUGACAAUCAAGUAUCUCUCCAAACAUGUGGAGUUUUUCCAACUCAAGGACAUUUUCCACUCAAAAUUGUCCUCUGGUGACCUCCAGGCCUUGAGAAGGUACCGAGACUAUUUGCAAUGCCGCUGCGAGCAGUAUGCCGAGAUAGGAAAAGACUACAUUCGUGAUGGGUCUGCCAAUUUGAAGGGUCCCGUGGCAGAAGACCCCAAGAAAGCCUUGGACCAUGUAGAGUCACUGGAAUUGCAAGUCACGGCUCUUAUCAAAAACCGCUACUCGCAGUACGAUUUGGGAAAUGACCUUCUCAUGACCGCGUUUAGGCUCAUGGUACAAGAUUUGCUGGUUCUAUACAACUCUUUGAAUGAGGGCAUAAUCACACUGCUUGAAAGUUUUUUCGAGCUAACGCACCAAAAUGCGGAGCGCACGCUGAAACUGUACAAGCGGUUUGUAGAAUUGACGGAAGCCGUGGUCAAAUACUUGAAGACCGGUAAAGCAGUGGGCUUGAAGAUCCCUGUCAUCAAACACAUUACCACGAAGCUGAUCAAGUCUUUGGAAGAACACCUGCGUGACGACGUGAACAAGGGUCAGACGUUUUCUGCAGACGAUACCAGGACACCCGCGCAGCGUGAGCUAGAGCAGAUCAGAGAACAAAAGAGGCUACUGGAGCAGCAACUCAAGUUGCAGCAACAAAUGGUGUUUACGCCCUCAGUUCCGCAGCAACAGACUGGGUACAAUCCGUUUACUGAGGGAUUCACGUUCGAGCAGAACGCGGUAACUGCUCAGCCCACGAGCAACCCUUUCAUGUCACAGGCCAUGCAACAACCACAAAACUCGCAGUAUCAGAGCACCCAAUUGCCCCAACAGUCUCCGGUUCAAGGAAUGCAAUACCAGGACACACAGGGACUGCAGUAUCAGAACACUCAAGGUUUGGGACUACAACAUCAGAAUACUCAAGGUUUGGGACUACAACACCAGAACACUCAGGGUUUAGGUCUGCAGUACCAGGACACACAGGUUCCCCAGCAAAUGUUUCAGCAAUCGCCAACGCAAGGCUUGCAAUAUCAAAACACACAGAUGCCCCAGCAACCCGCUACGCAAGGCUUGCAAUACCAAAAUACACAGAUUCCACAACAAUCGCCAACGCAGGGGCUACAAUAUCAAAACACGCAGAUGCCACAACAAUUCCCGGCGCAAGGCCUACAAUAUCAAGAUCCACAGGGGCAGCAAUUGCAGCAAUUGCAAGCAGGCCAUACGGGCUUCUACAGUGCCAACACACAGGUGGCACCGAACUUCACCGGCGCCGGUUUCGGCGGGUACACUGCAGGCUCGCCCACGGGAUCCAAAAACCCGUUUUCGCUGAAUAACAUCGCUCGGACCCAUGACGACCGCGAAAGAGCUAAUCCGUUUUCGCAAACCAACCAGAACCAGAACCAAAACCAAAACCAAAACCAAAACCAAAACCAAAACCAAAACCAAAACCAAAACCAAAACCAAAACCAAAACCAAAACCAAAAUCCCGGAGUUGUGCAUGCAACGGGCACCACCAAUCCGUUUGGCGGGGCACAAUCUCAAGCGGGCCGUCAGCACACCUUUGGUGGCCUCGAAAACGUUCCUACAGUAGCGGUAUUUCCGCAGACGCAGACGCAGCAACAGCAACAACAACUUCAGCAGCAACAACAACCCUACGGCCAAGUGUACUCCCAACAGAUGUCACAUCCCCAGUACAAUGGCGCCUUUGUCCAAUCGGGUCAAACAUAUCCUUACCGCAGCGAGGGUCCCAACCUCAUCGACAUCUGA